AGCAGUGGUCCCAGCCUGCGCCGCCUCCCCUCUCCGCCCAAGGUGCGCUGGUACUGGCCGCGUGCUCCACCCACCCCAUCCCAGAUCCCUUGACUGCCACACCAUGCCCCUCAGCCUCUUCCGACGCCUUCUUCUUGCCACUCUCCUGGUGGCGAUCGUCUGGACCCUCUUUGGGCCCUCGGGGAUAGGGGAGGAGCUGCUGAGCCUCUCGCUAACCUCCCUGCUUCCGGUCCCAGCCUCGCCAGGGCCGCCCCUGGCCCUGCCCCGCCUCUUGAUCCCGAACCAUGAGGCCUGCGGUGGUCCCGGCGCCCCUCCCUUCCUGCUAAUCCUGGUGUGCACGGCCCCAGAGAAUCUGAACCAGAGAAACGCCAUUCGGGCCUCGUGGGGCGGACUGCGCGAGGCGCGGGGGCUCAGGGUACAGACGCUUUUCCUGUUGGGAGAGCCCAAGGAGCAGCACCCUUCCUGGGGCCCCCACAGCAACGAACUGGCCAGGGAGUCAGCGGCCCAGGGGGACAUCUUGCAGGCGGCCUUCCAGGACUCCUACCGCAACCUCACUCUCAAGACCCUCAGCGGGCUGAACUGGGCCAACAAACACUGCCCCAUGGCCCGCUACAUCCUCAAGACAGACGACGAUGUGUAUGUCAACGUCCCUGAACUGGUAUCAGAGCUGGUCCUUCGAGGAGGCCGUUGGGAGCAAUGGGAAAGGGUCAUGGAGCCCCAAAAAGAGGCUGCGAUUGGAGAUGAAAAGCCAGGAGGCCAGGCCUUAGGGGGAGAGGCAGUGCCUCUUCUGUACCUGGGCCGUGUGCACUGGCGAGUGAACCCCUCUCGGACACCAGGGGGCCGGCACUGUGUAUCAGAGGAGCAGUGGCCUCACACCUGGGGCCCCUUCCCACCCUACGCCUCGGGCACAGGGUAUGUGCUGUCAGCUUCAGCUGUGCAGCUCAUUCUGAAGGUGGCUAGCCGGGCACCCCCUCUGCCAUUGGAGGAUGUCUUUGUGGGGGUAAGUGCCAGACGAGGAGGCCUUGCCCCAACCCACUGUGUCAAGCUGGCUGGCGCCACUCACUACCCCCUGGACCGGUGCUGCUAUGGGAAAUUCCUGCUGACAUCCCACAAGUUGGACCCCUGGAAAAUGCAAGAAGCCUGGAGGCUGGUGGGUGGCUCUGAUGGGGAAAGGACUGCGCCCUUCUGCUCCUGGCUCCAGGGUAUACUGGGCAUCCUGCGGUGUCGAGUAAUAGCCUGGCUUCAUAGCUGAGAGUUCCUGGGGCAACAGGAGAGGACUGAGGAGCUGAGGGUCCAACCAGCACCCCCAGGACCUUCUCUCUCCCAGGCCUAAGGCAGAGGCCCUAGCUGGCUGCAGCUAUCUAUGAGCUAGUUUCCUCAUAUCAGACCCUCAGUCUCAUCAAAGACCAGGGAUAUAGGAGACACCUAAGAGCCUGGCCUGCCAGCCCCAAGGAUGGUCAUCAGGAAGAAAUAAAAAUGCUGGGAUUGUUCUCUCCAGCCAGGGCAGAAGAGGGGCAUGAGCUCCUCAAUAAACUUGUCUCUCCACCU